AUGAUCAUUGUGUAUGAGUUUAUGGAGAAAGGAACGCUCAAGAGCCAUCUUUAUGACUUUGAUGAUGAUGAUGAUAGGAAGAGGUUGAGCUGGAGGCAGAGGCUUGAGGUAUGCGUUGGUGCAGCUAGAGGUCUUCACUAUCUCCACACGGGUUCGGCUAGAGCGGUGAUUCACAGGGAUGUGAAGUCGGCUAACAUUAUGUUGGAUGAGAGUUUCAUGGCCAAAGUUGCAGACUUUGGACUGUCCAAGACAGGUCCGGAUCUUGAUCAGACGCAUGUGAGCACCGCGGUGAAAGGGAGCUUUGGUUAUCUUGAUCCGGAGUACUUGACGAGACAGCAGUUGACUGAGAAGUCUGAUGUUUACUCUUUUGGUGUUGUGAUGCUUGAAGUGAUUUGCGGGAGAGCAGUGAUUGAUCCAUCGCUUCCGAGGGAGGAAGUGAAUUUGAUUGAGUGGGCAAUGAAGCUUGUGAAGAGAGGGAAAGUUGAAGAGAUCUUGGAUCAUUUUCUUGAAGGGAAAGUGAAGAGUGAAGAGGUGAAGAAGUACUGUGAGUUAACAGAGAAGUGUUUGGGGCAAAACGGAAGUGAGAGACCAACGAUGGGAAAUUUGUUGUGGAAUCUUGAGUUCUUGCUUCAGGUACAAGCGAAAGACGAGAAAGCAGCAAUGGUGGAUGAUGAUGAUCUAGAGGCGAGCGUCGUUGGCUCAACCGUGCAGUUUAGUGUCAAUGGGGUUGGAGAUAUUGCAAGGGUCUCAAUGAGCAAAGUUUUUGCGCAGAUGGUGGUGAGAGAAGAAACGAGAUGA